AUUGUUCUUUCAAGGCCUUUCUAAACCAUGCAUAUCCUCAUAACCGGCGCAGCAGGCUUCAUCGGCCAACUCCUCGCCAAAGAACUCCUCAACGACCCCUCCCACACUCUCACCUUAACCGACGUAAUCGAACCCCCAAUCCCAAAAGGCUCCAAAUACCCCAACAAUGCGCAACCCGUGACAGCCGACCUCCUCGCCGGCGCAGACAACCUAGUCUCGCCCACCCUCGACGCCGUCUACGCCUUCCACGGAAUCAUGUCCUCAGGCUCAGAAGCAAACUUCGACCUCGGCAUGCGCGUCAACGUCGAUGCUACACGUAUCUUGUUUGAGGCGCUGCGGAAGACGUGUCCCGGGGUGAAGGUUAUAUAUUCGUCUAGCCAGGCUGUGUAUGGGCAGCCGUUGCCGGAGGUUGUUCAUGAUAGUGUGAUUCCGACGCCGCAGUCGUCGUAUGGGGCGGAGAAGAUUAUCUGCGAGACGCUUGUUAAUGAGUAUACGAGACGAGGGUUUAUUAAUGGUUUUGUGCUGAGGUUUCCGACUAUUUCUGUGCGGCCGGGGAAGCCUACCGCUGCGGCGUCGUCGUUUUUGUCUGGUAUAAUUCGGGAGCCGUUGGCUGGGAAGGAAUGUGUUGUGCCUAUUGAGGACCGCUCGUUCAAGUCGUGGAUUUGCUCGCCCCGGACAUUGGUUCAUAAUCUACUGCAUACGCUCUCGUUAUCGCGUGAUGUGCUGCCAUCGCAUAUUCGCCAAAUCAAUGUCCCUGGAAUCUGCGUUACGGUUCAGGAGAUGAUGAAUGCGUUGGAGAAGGUUGGCGGAAAAGAAAAGUUAGGUUUCCUUCAGGAGAAGGAGGAUGCGGAGCUUAAGGCGAUCUUGCUCUCAUGGCCUACGAGGUUUGAUAACUCGCAGGCGUUUUUGUUGGGAUUCAAGCCGGAUGAGUCGUUUGAGCAGGCUGUGAGGAAUUACUAUGAGACUGAAGUGGCGCAACAAUAG